CCAAAUCUUACAUAUGCAUAGUAAACAUAUUGUUAAACUGCCAAUUGCGCCUAUCUUUACUAGAGAUAACCAUCGUAGCCAAUUUAUUGAGAAAUUCUAGAUUUUCCUUUCUCGCGCACGGACCUGCAGUGGUCCCCAGGCCUCAUCGGAAAUGUUCGUAAUGUUCGUAGAAAUGGCUCUCAGCGCUGUGACGAAUGGACUCCAUAUUUAUUUAGUUCUUUUCUUACUCUUCCUAGCGGGAUUUGUUUUUAUUUUAUAUAGAUUGCUUCGUUUUCCUAAACCCGGUCCAUAUGUUGUGAAAAGUUUUAUCCGAAGGAAUGCAUCGAACAGGGAUUCGCCAGUUCUUAUUGCUCAUCGCGGUGCCGGCCUCGAAGCCCCGGAAAACACUCUCGCCGCGUUUAGAAAUGCCAAGAAAAAUGGUGCCCACGGAGUCGAGUUUGACUUAGACUUUACACGAGACGGAGUCCCAGUAAUAAUUCAUGAUAGCAGUGUUGAUAGAACCACAGAUGGCGUUGGAAAUGUCAGUGAUAUGGACUUUGAACAGCUCAGACUGUUGAAUGCUUCAGCAAGGCACUCCACGCGGGAGCAGUUUCCGAAUGAGUGUAUUCCAUCCCUGGAAGAGACCAUCUCAACGUGCAUUAACCUUGGGCUUCAAAUGUACAUUGACGUUAAAAAAUUCACUGAAGCUAACAAGGUAGCAAACUGUUUGAAAGAUGUAUUCGCCAGAUAUGAGCUUUAUGACAAAGCUAUGGUGUGUUCAUUUUACCCAAAUGUGAUUUUUGAGGUUCGUCGAGCAGACCCCAACAUUCUGACCGCUCUAACAUGGCGAAAGCAUGUGAUAGCUAACAGGAUGGAUGGGGUGCCGCGCCACAAGCCAUUAUGGUUACAGCUCAUUACUCCCGUCCUUGACAGAAUAUGGGAGCUGCACUUGCAUUCUUGGGUGUUUGAUUUCUUGGGAGUUAGUGUAUUUCUAUGCAACAAGGACCACGUUUCUAAGUUCUAUGUGGAGGAGUGGAGAGAACGUGGAGUCAGCCUCGUAUUAUGGACUGUUAACAACCCCGUUGAGCAAAAGUUUUUCUCACAGAGCCUGAAGCUUCCAAUAAUGACAGAUUAUCUUUGUAGCGAGACGCCAUAUGAGGAGCAGUCUGUGUGACAUCGAGCAGUUACUUUAUUAAUGUCUGCUUUUUCUAUGAAGGGAGGUAGCAAGGCUGAAAUGGAAUCUGGUCAGGAUUCUUGAAAGCCAAAUCAGACAUACAUAAAUGAACUCUUAUCUAGCUACUCAAUCUAUUUGAAUGAUACAGAUCCAAUGUUCAAACAUGGAUAAUGCUAAGGGAAGGGUCAUUAUUUAGGGGGGGGGGAGGGCUGCUAAGUUUUUUUUUUUUGCUUCAAAAAUUUCGACUCUCCCCAAAAAUAAAGGAUAGAAAUGGUGUCCCUCCCCCAAAGAGGCUACCAAAAAUAAAGGCCCUCCUCCAAAACAAAAAAAGCUAAAAAUUUGUAUGUGUGCAUGGGGGGCACUGACAUGUCAUUAAGGGACGGCGGAGCAGGCUUAAACACCUCCAAGCCAGCAGAAAAGUUGAUUUCGAGCCCAUUUUUUCAGGGGUGUAAAUAAUAUUAUAUAGGGGGGUCUGGGGGCAUGUGCAAAUUUUCUGUGAAAAUUUUGCCAUUUUCAAUUAAAUGAAAUGCUAAUUAUUGUUAAAACCUAAAUGGAAUAAAGCAUCAUUAGCUCAAGAGAUUAUGGAUAGCCUAAAAUUUAAAAUUUUGCACCGAAAACAUGAGUGGAGAGCAAAUCACUGACUGCCAUGUUACCUGUGCAAAAAUAGCAAUUUUACAAGAGACAUAAUUUGUCAUGGCUACAGUAGCUUGGCAGUGUUAUGAUUGUAAUUGCAAAUUCGAGCCCGGGGAUGGGAGGAGCUUUCCCUUUUAUAGCAGAACCUCGUGUUUAACACUAUUCACAAUAAAAGUGUGAUGAACCACGA